AUGAGCACUCAAAAGGCUGCAGGGCACCACGAACUUGUGGCCGCCCUGCCCAUGUAUGAUCUUCCAGGACUGGCCAACGCCCAUGACGUUUGGUACCAGGCCAUCCGCCGUGCCUUUGCAAAAGUUUCCAGCCAGGCAUCGGUGCCAGAUACCAAGGAGCUGCCUGCAGAAUUGUGUCGGCAACCCGAGACCCUGCUCGAGGCUGCCAGCCUCAACGGCCACGUCCUGGCCCCGCUCUACCAGACCUGCGGCCUGCCCCUCGUCUCUGGCCAUCGAGACAUCUUCCGCCUCGUUGCUGUGCCCCAUUAUGAUGUUGAUGAAUGUCGCGACGGACAUUACUGCUCGGUCAUUGUGGCCCGCGAUGAUGUCCGAGGAAACAGCCCCAGCGAUUUUCACGGCUGUGUCGCCGCCGUGAAUGGCCAAGACUCCCUCUCUGGUUGCAUCAUGCUUUACGCCUGGCUUGGUGCCGCCGCUCAACACGUCCGCGUCGUCACCACUGGGGCACACGCCUCCUCGCUCGAGCACUUGCGUCAACGCACCCACGGGGCCUGCCUCGCCGCAAUUGAUGCCGUCACCCUGGCUCUCCUAUGCCAGGAGCAAGGCGCAGAUGAGGUGCUGCGUGGCCUUCGCAUCGUCGGCCACAGUCCCACCGCUCUGGCCCUUCCCUAUGUCACCAGUGCCGUCCUGGCCGACCGCGACCCCAGCCUCGUCCCCCGCCUGCAACAGGCCCUGCAGCAAGCCGCUCAAGAUCCCGAUCCCGCCGUCGUGGCCGCUCGCCACCGCCUCCACAUUGCUCGCUUGGAGCCCGCCGGCCCGCGCUUCACGUUUGAUACCUACCGGGCCCGCAUCCUGGCCCUCGAACGCGACAUCCACGCCGCCUGGCCUCCUGCACCAGCCGCUGAUAAGGGCGGCUCCACAUCUUUAGACUCGCCGUCAACGACAACACGUUGGCCGGUCCCGCCCUGA